AUGGAUGCCAUGUAUGGUGCUUUCCAAGGCAUGGCCACUCAAGCUCAGAAUGAGCGACCGGCCGACGAUAGGAAGCAUAGUUACUUCUGUGAAUUUGGGCAUGCACAUAUCCUCAUAUUCAAUAGUGAGGGAGGAUCCCAGGAAGCGGAGUAUUGGUUUGACUCCAUAGUUAACCACUUGAACACUAUGGGAGUGACAGAGGAAUAUUGGAUAGAAUUCGCGGUGUAUAAGAUGGAAGGCCAAGCAAGUACUUGGUGGAAACAGGUGAGGAAAAGGCUUGAUGUUGCAGGAAUGACCUGGGAGCAGUUUGAAGUUUUCUUUAAUGAACAAUACUCCCCACAGAGUUACCGAGAUGAAAAAGCAAUGGAGUUUAUGUCCUUGCUACAAGGUGAUAUGUCAAUGAGGGAGUAUGAGGUAAAAUUCAAUGAUUUAUCCCGGUUUGCACCAUCUAUGGUGAAGUCCGAACACCUAAGGUGUCUUAAAUUCGAGAAGGGUCUUAAGAAUUCUGUAAGGAGACCACUGGUGGCUCUGAGAAUUAAAAAUUUUUUAGACUUGGUGGUUGCUGCUACAAGCGUGGAGCAGGAUAACCUAGCUUAUCAGCAAAAUAAGAAAGCAACUGGUCGAGUUUCUGGUUCUGGUGGACCUUCUGCUUCAGGUAGGCCGCAACAGAGUGGUAGGAGAAACUGCAAUCAUGGACAGAUUAGCAGAGAAAUGAUUAGUGGUGGUAGCAGUUCCUCUGGAAGUGACAGGAGUGGUCCUUAUCGACCCAAGUGUCAUCAUUAUGGGCAGAUUGGUCACAUCAAGAGGAACUGCCCUAAUCAGAAUUGGCUGCCGACUCAACAGCAAUCUCAGAGUGAUACUUCUUACGGUUAA